AUGUACGAGGUGAAUCGUGCACAACUGAGCCAACUCUCCUACAUGAGCAAUAGUUCUUUCGACGCAAUCUGUCAAGAGAACAUAAUAGAUGGUCCAAUUUCUCCACCAAGUCCUCCAAAACUGGACGAAUCAACAUCUCGACGCUAUGCUCUCUCCCUUCUCUCACGCAUCGCCGGCCUAAUUGGCGUUAACUUAGACGACCUUCUGGGCUAUUUACUGCCUUCCACCGCCAAGGCACCUUACUAUAUCACCACCACCACCAUCUUCAACAGCAAUAGUCCACGUUCCAAAGCUCUAGCAGAAUGGGGUGGCAUUAUCAACGAGAACAUCUUUAGGACGGGCUACAAUAGAUUCAUCGAGGGAGUCCCCAUUCUGAGAAUCGUUAAUCCUCUUGCAUUAGCUAAUCUUUAUGCGGCAGCAGCUUGGCCAACACUCUCCAGCCGUAUUCAACUGUUUGAAGAAAACAAGUGCAUUCUGGAAGACCUCAUAACCAGAGCCUCAAAUGGGUUUCCUAUGCUCCGUGUCCACACUCCUCAAAUGGAGAAGCGUUUUCUGAAACUGAUAGAAUUUAUUCUGAGCAGAUCAUCGCAUUCACACUUGCUUGAGCGUCAAGACACUUCAGACAGCUUCGGUUCGAUAAGUGAGGAUGAAAAUGGAAAGCAGACAUUGACAUCAAUACGCGAUGGUGAGUCGGAGGAGACCACGAACACGACUAUACCCUUUAUUGAUGAAUCUCGACUCCAGGUCUCUACCGAACUCGCUGAACCCUCAACAGCGAGCAGCAUCCAGGCUUCACCGAUUUUAGGGAAUGCCCCAGCACCACUCCGACUGCGGUAG